GCCAAUUGCCAAACGUCCACAUCCAACCCCAUUACGUGUCCCAAAACAUAAAAAACCCUUCCUUUGCUCUGUUCACCGUUUCAUUUGAAUUUGCUCACUCUUGUAGUUGUAAGUCACAAGCUUGCGGUUCAUCAUAGGAGUUGAGUUAUGGGGAAGAGGAAAGCAAAAUCAAAGCCUGCUCCAAAGAAACGAAUGGAUAAGCUUGACACUGUCUUUAGCUGCCCUUUCUGCAAUCAUGGGACCAGUGUUGAAUGCCGCAUUGAUAUGAAGAACUUGAUUGGGGAAGCUUCAUGCAGGAUAUGUCAAGAGAGCUUUAGCACUACCAUCACAGCUUUAACAGAGGCAAUAGACAUAUACAGUGAAUGGAUUGAUGAAUGCGAACGGGUUAACAACCUAGAAGAUGAUGGUGCUUAGUGAUUGUAGGAAUCCACUUCUAAUGGUGUCAAAUGGAGUAACUGCCCAUCUUUAUUUCUCCAGUAUGUAAUUAUAUCAGAUUUUUUUUAGCACUGGUUUAACCACAAGCUUAGUUCCUACAUACACUCUUAGCAGAGGAAAUGCAUGUACACAAGAACAUCGGAAUAAUUUUGUCUCUUUAGAUGAAGUAACUUUGAUUGGAAGUCGUACUUUAGUUUGUUAUUGCAUUA